CUCCAGCCACCGUGAGAUGAGCAGCAAAAGCAGCCACCUGCAGCACGACACUGAGAAGCGGCGCCGCUACCCGAGAAAACCAGCGAGAAUCUCACCAGGAAGAUGCCAGGCUUGAGAAACCGUGACACAUGGGCUCCAUUGCUGCUGAAGAGCUCUCGCAUCACGUCUUGUGCCAAUGGCUGUUCGCUGGGAAUCACAGCACACUUGAAAUACACUAACACUGACCCCAAACCUGUGGAAGGAGUGUUUGUGUACCCACUGGGUGAGCGAGAGGUGGUGGUGGGAUUUGAGGCAGUCAUUUCUGGAAGGCUACUGAGUGUAGAGGUCCAGAGUCGAGGGAAGCUGGAGGACUGCUGCCCUGACUGCUGCCCAGUGCCCGGCAUUCAUGGGAAGGAGUGGGCCUGCUGUGGUGGGACACCCCAGGACAUACAGUGUUCCAACGGUCAUCUGCUGCUGGAUGAGGAUCUAGAGAGGACCAACUUCAUCACAGGAACAGGGAUCAUUGCUCCCAUGGAGGUGGUAUCUAUUGUCAUCAGUACCACUCUGGAACUCUCCACUUUAGAAAAUGGAGCGAUACAUCUGAUCUACCCUACAGUGCUCACACCCAUAGUAAGAGAUCGGCUGCAACCUGCCAAAGGUGAAAAUGGGGGGAGAUCAAAUGAAACAAGUGCAACAAGGUGUUUUGGGGGUGUUUCUGGUAAGCAGGAGAAGAUGCUGGAAAUGAAUGAGCAUUGCCUUCACUCGCUAUUCUCUAGCCCUGCAACCAACCUCGCCCCCUAUGAGCUCAACUUUCAGCUGCUGGUUCGAGGGGCAUGUCUACUUGCAGGUCUAGAGAGCCCGACCCAUGCACUGCGGGCGGAUGCAGACCCCAGUGCUCAGUCUGCCUCUGCUACCUACAUCACCCUUGCAGAGGAGCACCUGUAUGACCGGCACUUGGAAAUCAUCCUGCACCUCAGUGAGCCUCACAGCCCAUUGGUCAUCUUGGAGAGGGGCCGGCUUACCUUCAGCCAGUAUGAGCAGCAAAUCAGUGCCCGCCGUGAUUUCAUUCGUCGUGUCCAUAAAGAAGCAGAACCUGAGAAAAAACUGGAGUUUUUGAGAAAGCGUUACCACAAGGAUGUGUUGAAUAAUCCAGUGCUGAUGUUGAACUUUUGUCCGGAUUUGCUCUCUGAGCCUCUGGAGCUGCAGCAGGCCAGCCGAGAGCUUCUGUUCCUCAUCAACUGCAGCGGGAACAUGAUGCAGCACAGCAUCAACAAGAUCAAGGAAGGUAUGCUGGUGGCCAUUAAGAGCCUUCCUAGUAGCGCAAUGGUAAACAUUGCUGGCUUUGGCUCUGUCAUAAAGCCUCUGUAUGCCUCCAGCAAGCCCUGCACUGAUAUUAUUAUGGCCCAGGUAUUAGAUUAUGUACAGAAGUUACAAGCGGAUCUGGGUGGGAGUAACCUGUUGGGGGCCCUGUCCUGGGUGUACCACCAGCCUGCUCAUCGUAGCUGCCCUCGACAGCUCUUCAUCCUCACUGAUGGCUCACUCGGCAACGUCGGCCAAGUUCUGGAACUAGUCAGGAGAAACGCCUGUAAUGCCAGAUGUUUUGGACUGGGGCUAGGGUCAAGGGCCUGCAGGAGGCUCCUUCACGGUGUUGCCAAACUGACUGGAGGAAGAACAGAGUUUCUCUGUGAUGAUGAGAGGCUGCAGCCAAAGCUGAUAAAGUGUCUGAAGAAAGCUCUGGAACCUGCGCUGACAGAUGUGCGCAUUGACUGGUACGUGCCAGACAGCAUGGAGGCUCUCCUCUCGCCUAAUGAGAUCCCUCCGCUCUAUCCAGGGAACCGUUUGAUUGGCUACUGCACUCUCUACGAUGUCUCUGCCUUCAAAAUUAAGAAGAAUGAUGGGAAGAAUCAGGCCAACAGGCCUUUGCCAUAUGGUUCAUUCGGGUCAGUGUUUGAGCUCUCUCCUGGAUCAUCUGAGCUGCUGCAGCCACUGGUGCCCAUGGCUGAGAGAGAGGGAAGAGGAGAACUGGGGCAUGAAGAGGACACUGAAUAUAUGCUGAGAGAAAACUCACAAGAAAUCUCCUCUGAGUUUUCCUGUGCCCCAGCCACAGACAACAUUGGCAACUCGGCCACUGAUGAAUACGCUGCAAGUGAUGUACGCUGGCGGAUGGAGCAGACAUCAUAUGUGCAGGAACAGUACACACUAACACGGUGCUCUCUGGGCAGUGAGAGGGGUGUGUUUCCCUCCUACUGUCCCCCAGCUGAGUGCCUCUCUUUGGGCAUGGACGCUGCGUCACUUCCUCACGGCCUGGAGAGAGUGCAGCCACAAUACAGCCAUAGUCUCACACGCUGGGACACAUCAUGGAAACAAAACAUCACCUCAUCAGUGGAGGCAGAGUUUGGGAAGGCUGGCCGGCUGUUAGAUGGUGAGGGGUGUGCGCUCAGGCAGAAGGCUUUAGCCCGUGCUGCACUGGCCGGCCGCAGUUUUUCCUCACCACAGGGUGAGCUGGACAUGCACCGACUGCGAAGGGCACUGGAGAGAGUCUCAUUCGAGCAGGCAAUGGGGGGCAGACUGGAGGAGAGUGAUACAGAGACACACAACAUUCCACAAGGACCUCUGUCUCUCACAGACUCCAAUGGUCUUCUCUUCCCAGCUUCACCGUUGGACUGGGAUGGUUUCACCGAUCCUGAAUCCAUAUUUGCAGCGGCUCCCGUUGUGCAGGUGCCAUGCCGGUCGGUGAUCCAUGGCCUGCUGGGUUCAAAGCCUAUGUCCUGGGAGGUCAGCAUGGACCUAUGUGUCCUCUGGAGUUCUGAAGAAGCACCACGAGACAUCUGGGAUGAGAUUGUCCACCAUCUUGCUGCCCGGUCUGUCAUCCGAGAUUUCGAGUACAUGGCAGAGAAGGAGACAGACAUAGAGCAUGGUUCAUCAAAGCGAUACCGAAUGAAAGCGAUCCAGACCAGCAAGAGCUGUGGAAUCAUCUCCAUGUAUACAACCUUCAGUACUACUGAUGCCAGCCCCAGGAAAAUGUUUUCAGAGUCCACGGACAAACGACACAUGGGUGUGCGUUUUGGGAGUAGACACACAACUGGUACCAGGAGACAGAGGGCAUACUCUGUUGGUCGCAAACGAUCCAGCAGAGAGAGUGAGGAGAUAGACGACACACACACCUCUACAGCCAGAGAAAACACCACAGCUUCUCCACCCAGUUUGGCAUCUUUGGGCAGCAAUGUGGGUCCUGGCAGUCCAUCUGCUGCCUCAUACCGUUCUCAACGUUCAGUCGAAAGCAGGUCCAUGGAGAGUUUCUUCAGCUCCAGAUUUAAUCUUGGCAGACUGAGGCCUAGCCACAGCUCAGGAAGGCACACUCCUCUUAAACCUCAAUGCCUGUCUGCUGAAUCUGAAACACAGGCAGACUCCCAGUCUCCUGACUACCUGCCCCUGUUGCGUUUGCAGCUUGCUUCGGGUGCCUUCCUGCUGUCUGAGUCGUUCUCUGAGUGCAUUCACAUCCCCCUGGAUCGUCUAAAGCGAGCAUCUCCAUACCUGAUCCACCGCAGCAGCUUGAGCCCCCCUUACCACUGCAUCUCUUCCCCCUCCACUCGCCCCAUUGCCUCCUACAGGCCAGAUGACCAGAGUAGCACACACCCACCUCAUGCUAGCUCAGGCCGACCGUAUUCCAGUGAUCGCCUCACGGUGCUUCCAGAACCGUUCAGCUUAGAAGAGGGCUCUGCAGAACUUGUAGGGGGAGUCCCACAGGCUGACAGUGGGCGUGGCUCUGAAACAGACACGUGUGAGGAGGCAGAACCACAGGGGGAAGAGCUGGCACAGCUGGAUGUGGAGAGUUCCAGCUGGGCAACGUCUGUGGCUUUGGCGUGGCUUGAGCACCACUGUGCAGGCUUUUUUGUGGAGUGGGAGCUUGUGGCAGCCAAGGCAGACUUCUGGCUUAAACAUCAAUCACUUCCAGAGGGCGUAGACCUGCCAGGGCUGAGGGCAGCCGCUAGACAGCUGUUCCUGCUGCUGCGCCACUGGGAUGAAAAUCUGCAACUUAACGUGCUCUGCUACAACCCAAAUUACAUGUGACAGAACCAAUUCAAUCCAAUUCAUCAUGCUCUGGAAUGAGGAUCUCCAGCUCAGCAUGCACUGCUAGAGCCAAGUAUGUGGUAUAAUGUCCACUUCAACAUGGUCUGCUACAAAUUAACGUAAAAGCUCUAACACAGAGUUCUUGUCUAAUCCUGUAUCUAUAUUUAUAGUCCAUCGUUACAUGGACUAGACCCUAAAGGACAAGAGGAGCCAUCUUCAUACUCCUGUUAAAAUGUCUUGUCUUGAGAAGCAUUAGAAUAUACAAUAUGUAUAAGGCAACUGCCAUUUUAUGAAUUUAAAUGAUAAAUUAUAUUAGUGUAAUAACAAAUAACUUUAGUCUGAGAGCUAGAACUACUUUCCUGAGAAGGGCUGCAUUUGUCUGAAUUUUGAGUAUUAAAACAGCCAGUUUCAGCUAACUUCUGCCAAAAUCACAGACUAUAGUACACUUAAUCUGUGCCUUCAGAAUUUGCCUCAUCCAAAAUUACUGCAGGGAUUUAAACUUUAGUUUUCUUUCUGUCUUGCUGAAAAUGAAAUGAAAAAUCGCUCAGUUGUAUGUGUGUAGGUUUUAGCUGCCACUUUUGUGUACUGUGUUCAUUCCUAGUUUUCCAAAAACAUUUUAAAGAGCUUAAUUAAUAGUUGAGAUGGGCUGACGUGCUUUAGACUUGAUGUUGAAGCUGUACUGAGAUUUGCAACAGAUGAAUAAAUCAAUCAGAAAAUCUUGCAAUAAACUUUAUUUUUAAAAACAAGAUGGUGUUAUGCCAUUGUGUUGCUUCCAGUUCACAAUCCUAUGCCUGAUGCUUUAUAGCCCUGACACAUUUAGAAGAUACACCAGAUUAAGUCUGUGUGCAGCUGCCUUAUGUAUUUAAGAGAUCACACAAAAACAGUAACUAAACAUGACAAAAUCUGUUUAUAGUCAUGCAAAAAUAACUUCACACACCUUCCUCAAACUAUAAAAGAAGUAAAGAAAAAAAAAAUAAAGAAAUAAAAACAAAUACUAGGAACAGACAGAAAAAGACAGUUGCCAAAAAAAAAAAGCCACUGGAAAUAGUUUUAUGCUGUU